CGAAAGAAAAUGGUAAAAUGGCUUCCUCAGUGGUAGCGUAUAGUUGCCGCUAUCACGCGCCUUUUAAGCAGCGUUUCUUAAGCUUCUCUCGCCUCAUCCUCCAUCACCGUCGCUUCUCGCCGUCGACUUCCAUCGUCGUCUCCGCCUAUUUCUCCGGCAAUCUUCCGAUUCUCAAUAACGUUUGGAAGGGGAACACUCGCUGUUUAAGGAUGGAGAGAUUUUGGAGUGACAGAGCAGUUAACAAGAAUAAAGAAAUGGUUAGGCAAUUACAUAAAUGUGGUAUCAUAAAGUCGGAGAGGGUUACAGAAGUUAUGGAGUCUAUUGAUAGAGCACUAUUUGUACCUCCAGGAACCCCUCCCUAUGUAGACAGUCCAAUGCAGAUAGGUUAUAAUGUUACUAUUUCUGCACCCCAUAUGCAUGCAAUGUGCCUCGAGUUGUUGGAGGGUCACUUAAAGCCUGGUAUGCACGUCUUGGAUAUUGGUUCAGGAACGGGGUAUUUGACAGCAUGUUUUGCAUUGAUGGUUGGGCCCCAAGGUCGUACUGUUGGUGUAGAGCAUAUUCCUGAAUUGGCAGCUUCCUCAAUUGAGAACAUAAAGAAAAGUGCUGUAGCUCAUUUAUUGGAGGAGGGUUCUCUUUCUGUGCAUGUUGGUGAUGGAAGGCUGGGUUGGGCAGAGCAUGCACCUUAUGAUGCCAUCCAUGUUGGAGCUGCCCCAGCAGAGAUUCCACCAGCAUUGAUUGAACAGUUAAAACCUGGGGGUAGACUUGUAAUUCCAGUCGGGAACAUUUUUCAGGACCUGCAAGUUGUUGACAAAAAAGAAGAUGGUUCGAUCAGUGUUCGCAGUGAGACUUCAGUUCGUUAUGUUCCAUUGACAAACCGAGAAUCUCAGCUCCAUGGACAAUGAAAUUAGGUAUGUGGUUGUUUUUCCCUGUAUAUAGUUAGUGUUCUUACACUGACACUAGCAGUUGCAUAAUGUGCAAAUAAAUUCAAAAACAUUAUGUAUUUCUCUGUUUCACCUUGAGAUAAUUAUGAUUUAUGAAGUAUAAUAAUAUAUGCUUCAAUCAAUUCAAGGAGAAUUCCUGCCUAUUAGUUGGCUUAUCCCA